CACCCAGCCUCCAUGCGGCUCGACUCUACUUCCCCAUCUUCCGUCGGCCCGAGCCAUCCGGUCCUCCCUUCCUGCCCCUAGCCGAACUCCUCCGCUUUCCCCCAAAUCCGGCGAGAAUCUCGGCACGCCAUGACCUCCUCUUACCGGCCGGCCGCCACGAUGAGCCCGGAGGCGACGGCGCCAGUACCCAAGGUGGAGGCCGAGGCGGCGGCGACGGCGGCCCGAAACCCUAGCUCCCCCAGCGGCCCGCCGUCGCCGGAGAUGGAGGCCACGGCGGAGGCGCUCACGCGGGAGGAGGUGCUACGCCGGAGGCGCCGACGCACGGCGCGGCUCGUUGGUGUGUACCGCCGGCUGUACUGGGCGAUGGCAGAGGAGGUGCGCGCGCGGCACCGCCAGUACGUCUGGGAGCUCGGCCGCAGUCCGCUCGAGGCCGAGCAGCCCCCGUCGGCCGCGUGCUCGGAGGCGAAGCCUGGGCCGGCGGCGGUGCCGAGGAGGAAGAAGUGUGGGUUCACGGGCUGCAAGGUGCGGGCGAUGCCGAUGGCCAAGUACUGCCACUCCCACAUCCUCUCCGAUCCCAAUCAGGCCCUGUACAAGGGAUGCGGUCAAAUCAUCAAGAGUGGUGCACAGAUUGGGCAAAUUACUUGCAGCAGGCCCAUCCUAAAAGCUUCAGUUCCCUCCCUCUGCAAUGUUCAUUUGCAAAGAUCUCAGAAGAACAUAUCACAGGCUUAUAAGAAAGUUGGCUUUAAUCCACCCCCUAUUGGCCAGAUCUCCCCAGAUUUUAGUGUCUUAGUUGCCGAAUGUGUCCGUCAGAUCCAGGCCAGGAGGAGAGAAUCCCGAAGUGUUGUAGCAGGGAAGAAAUGCCCCAAAGAUGGGAAAGUUGGCUGAGCUAUACCCUGAGAUCUCAUUUGUUACAUAAACUGUAGGAAAAUGUCAGGCAUCCUGAGGUUUACCGAGUGUUGAUAACUAACCCUGCGGGUUACUGCACUCUUCCUUGAAAGAUAUGGAAUAUUGAAAAUAUAUGUGGCGUGCAGCUGUGCAUGACUGGAUGACAACAUGACCCUGAUGGUUGUCAGUUACAGCAAAUUUCAUAUGAAGAGUUUAUCCAACGAGCUAGUGGUGGAGUGUCAAGUAUCAAGGUUGAGGGUUCGCAAAAUGCACACAUGUCAGGAGAGCAUUUAUGUAUCAAAAUGCUUCUGACGACUUCCUGAACAUGCUGCAGGAUUGCCAUGGUUAAUUUUAUUCAUCUUCUGAUGGUAAUUUAUCCUAAAUGAAGGCCUGAGUUAGAUUUACUGGGUCGGUUCAUUGCCAACUGCCGAUUUUGAAGAACAUGAUGAAAUCUUCACCUUGUUUACGGCACAUACUUCUUCAGAAAGGAUUGAGAUUGUUGCUUUGUGCCAAGGAUGCUAUGGAGACAGUGGUUUUGUGCCAAUCCUGAAGGAGCCAUUCAAAUAAGGUACUAUGAGGAGGGAAUAGCAUGUACAUGUUGAUGUUUAUGACAUGGAUGAGGAGAGGGCAUGUACAUGUUGAUGUUUAUUUUUGCCUGAUUUAGUUGGAAUGGUUGCAUUGUACGGAAGAUGUCCACAGAGGACCCUGCAAGCAGUAUGAGAUGUUGCUGCAUUGCUGAUAUUGAUGCAAGGGAGGAGCCAUACAUACAAAGGAUAGUUGCCUGGUACUGCAAUCAAAUUUAGCAUCUUUGUUGCAUGAAUAGUUACUUAUGAAUUAAUGGAUGUUGUGGUACCAGCAACA